UCGGUUACCAUGGUUUGGCCCAUCCUUCCUUGACGCGCCUUCCUACGCAUCGCUCAUCAGACCAACCAAAAGUGCCAGAGCCUCGCCAGCCUCGGCAGAGUAGCGGAGACUUCUGGACCGAUCAGCACCAGAGAACAGACUUCACCUGCGGUACACUACCGUGGUUACCACCGUACUCUUUUCCAACAGACAGUUUGCCGUGACGAUGUAACAGAGCUGGACGGUUGGAAUUCGACAGGCUGGUUGUGGGGCAGCGGUCCACUUUGGAGCGCCAUCGUCGAAAUCUUGUCACAAGAUUAAACCCAAGAGAGUCAACCGUGCAGUGAGACAUAUGUCGCAGAAUUGAGUUUUCCUGUCAUCACGAUUGACGGGUCACAGAACUUUUGAGUAAAUCUCUGGAUGCGACAACACUAACUGGGUCGAGAGGAAAGAUUUUUGCCUGGUCAUAACGGUGUGACUGAAGACAUGGAUACAGUCAUGGAUUACUUCUGGAACAUCUCCACGACGCCAGACCCGGAGAACCUGAGCGACGACGUGGUCAACCACACCUGGGCCACGUCUGAGGACGUGACGUCGCGGCUGAAGCACGACAUUCCCAUCACGGGGCUGUUCAUCGUGAGCUACGGGCUGGUGUUCCUCUUCUCUCUGGGUGGCAACGUCGGGCUGUGCAUCGUGGUGCUCAAGUACCCGCGCCUGCGCACUGUCACCAACUACUUCCUAUUGAACCUGGCUGUCGGUGACAUCAUGGUGACUGUGUGCUGUAUGCCGUUCACACUGGUGGACAACAUCCUUGUUGGGUACGCGUUCAGCGAGGCCAUCUGCCGACUGUCCCGCAUGAUCGAGGGAGUCUCCGUCGCGGCGUCCGUACUAGGACUGAGCGCCGUCGCCUUCUACAGAUACAGAGCUAUCGUGCACCCACAGAAGCCAAAGAUGACCCGACGACGUGCGUACCAGCUCAUCGUGAUUUCCUGGCUGGUGUCUCUCUUCAUCAUGCUCCCCAUGGCGUUCGUCUUGAACGGGGAAUACCUGCAAUACGAGGGAUACAAGGUGUACAUCUGCAAAGAGGAGUGGCCCACCAUAGAGUACAACCAGGCCUUCACCACCACCCUGUUCGUCUUCGUCUAUUUCCUACCUGUCAUGAGCAUGGCCGUGAUGUACGGGGAGGUGUCGCGGAAGUUGUGGGGCCGCCAACAGGUUUCCCGCAGUUCCCAGAGGUACUCUGACCGGGCGCGCAAGCGAGCCCAGGUCACCAAGAUGCUGAUCAUGAUCGUGGUGCUGUUCGCCCUGUCGUGGCUGCCGCUCUGGGUCCUGCAGUUCCUGCAGGUGUUCGGGCACAUACCGGAGUACAUCAUGCGCGUCUUGUUGGUGUAUGUCGUGCCUGUUGCCCACUGGCUAGGCUACUGCAACUGCCUGGUGAACCCGAUCGUCUACGGCUACUUCAACAGGGACAUCAGGAGACAGCUCCAGUCACCGGCCUCCGUCACAAUGCCAACUAUGUAAGAAGGCUCCAAUAUCGCCAUGCCAGCUAAAUGUAUGUAGAUGGCUUCAACAUCGCCAUUGUGCCAACUGUAAGACCAUUACUCAUCAAGUAAAUGGACAGCCCCAUUCGAUGACGUACACCGGGACACUCAUGACACUCACACAUGACUACCAUACAUUGGGCGCUUCUGGAGAGGCAAGGACCAGAUCAUACAUAACUGACAUUGUGACGACCGACUAAUGAGAAGAGAAGCCGUGGACGGUCAAAAAAGAGCUUAAACUUAUAAGAGACACCGACCUAGGUAAAAACACACUGCCUUAAGUCAUGGAGGACAAGAAGAAGUAGAAAACCAGAGUCAGGGAAUGGAUUCGAGCGAGCUCAACGGAGUAAAUGAGUGAAUGGCAACCCCGACAACAGUAUAAAACAUUUGUCACUAAGAAAACUCUCUUUAUGUCGGCCAAAACAUCUUUGCCUUCCACGUGAAAUUGACCAUAUACAAGUCGGCAAACAAACGACGCAUUUAUCAUGAACACUGUAUAGACAUGAAACAUUCAGCCCCAAACUUCGAUCCAACAGAUUCAAUAAAGAGGCAACGCUUAAUUAAUGCCAUAUCGCUGUAGGGCAUGUCUGCCACUGCAUAUAUCGGCCAGCCAUGAUGGGCUGGUAACUACGUGUGACUUGUCAAAACUUAUGCAGGUGGUUAUUCACGUGAUAUAUCGACUGUGAUCACGUGACAUAUAGACUGUCCUCACGUGACAUAUAGACUGUGUUCACGUGACAUAUCGACUGUGUUCACGUGACAUAUAGACUGUGUGAGAAUGUGAAAGCCAUUGUAAUGUGAAUGAAAUUUCGUAUUCAUGACAUUUGCUUUGAUAAUUCAAAAUCGUUUGGCCCGGUGUCAUAAGUUGGAAAGUGUGAAGACAUUUUGGUCACGUGUGAUCUCUCCGUGAAUCACGAGGUAGUUUGUGUCAUCCAAUGUAAAAUGUUUCUUGAGCCGCAAGUGAAGUUCACAACUUUCAUACACUGUCCAGUACGUCACAAAGGGUGUAUCAUUAGUUUCAAGUCCUGAUAGAACAUUUGCGACAAAAAUAUUCUUGACCGAGGCAGUAAGAAGUGCCUGUUGUUUUGAAACGUCUUGUAGUGUGACGAUGUUGGUAAAUCACUGGGAAUUAAGAUUCUCUGUACACAGUCAAUACGAAUAACAUGCCAAUUUUAAGUAUUACACUUAGACAUGUAGAAGAAAUUCCGAAACGUUGUUAGGCACAGUCAAACCUCAAUGCCAACCAACUGCGUCCAGUCAUAAGUCUUGUUCAAACAGUCGAGUCCUUGGGAGCUAAGGUAUAAAUCGUCCAAAUUUCCAAACGUAGUAUUUUUAAUGGCCAACCAACUCUGGAGCAACCGCCCCCCCCCCCCCCCCCCAUGGUCCAUUAUUAGGUUGUUGAUAAGACCAAGUUCCACUGUAUUAGCUGUGCACAAAGAAAGUUAAUACAUAUAUAGUCUUAUAAUGUUCUUAUGGUGUACCAGUGGUAAUACAUUCGCAUUGAAUGCUCUUUUUGUGGUUCAGCAUUGUUGCUAUCGCUGGAAAACAAUUACAAUCAGACAUAGACAGUCGAAAAGUGCCUCCGGUCCAUGUGUCCUGUCAUCGGAUAGACAUGUUAUCUGUAAUUUGCCAUUUGACAUACUAGUAGAUUCUUCUUAUAGCUAUCUUUGCACUGUUGCAGACUUUGCUGGAAAUCUUGACUUCUUCAAAAUUAUCAAUCUUGAGUGAGCCACCAAUCUUGCUAAACAAAAAAUGACAUGAUAUGAAGAAAUUUGUCUUCUGUACUUGAAAAAUGUUAAUGUACCAAUCACAGUAGCGUUAUAAUGUAUAGCACUUUCUAUGGUAGAAUAAGGGCAUGUGGCAAAAACAUCCAUUAAAGACUGAUGAGUGGAAUUCAGCAUUGUAUAUUUGGGCCCUGUUGUAACAACAUCAAAACUAAUAUCUUUCUACACUAACGUUAUUUUUGUCAUAAGUAUUUUGUGUUUUCCCGAUUUGAAGAAAAAACGAAGACAUUCUGUAUUUGAUGUGUGCCCUUGGUUACUGUUGUAUGCUAUCGACAAUCAGAAAUGAAAUCUUAGAACAAAUGUUCUAAA